UCUGCAACUGCAUACCAUACUUAUACAUUCCAUAAUUGUCACAACAUACACAACCACACACAUAUAACUAGGGGUGGCAGUUCGGUUACCGGUUACCGGUUAACCAGCUGGUUAUCCACUAAACGGUAACCGAAGUAACCGAACUUCGGUCGGUUAUCGGAGGCUAGACGAAAUGGUUUUUGGUCUUAAAAGUGGGUCGGUUAACCGAUAACCGAGAAACCAAAGCCUAUUUUGGGCGGUUUUUGGUAGGGGGAGUGGUUAUUUCGGUUAACUGAUAACCGACCGAUCGGUUAUCGGUUAUAAUCGAAAUAACCGAAAUGCCACCCCUACAUAUAACCAACUUUCCACAAACGUGGAUAUCUCACACUACAUCAAAAACUAGUAUGCAUAUGAAAAAUGUUCUCAAAUUUUUUUUACAAAAAGUUGUAGAUCACUGGCCAAAAUACUAAGUAGUCGUUGAAGCAUAGAGUAGUUGAAGACCAUACCUCAUCUUGCUUUCAACUCUAGCUGAGCUCUCACCUAAAAAAUUAUCUACUGCUGUUGCUGAUGAUCUGCUUACACAGGACAUAAGCGGAGGAAAAGAAUAAAAGAGGGUCAACUCAUAACUGAGUGAGACAAUCAUCGCAUAGUGAGUUCAUAACAAAGCAUACCCAUGUCAUACAUCUACCAAUCAAGCCAAAACACUAUGGUCGGACCUCAGUCAUCCAACAUCCCAAUAGGUUAAAGAUUCAACCACCUUGACUUAUGCAUGUGCGUCUUAUCAUGUUUUACUUUUAGGCGUCUGACUACAACUCUCCUGGGAAACGUACCCCACAUUCCGUCGGAUGUAGUCAUACAUACCCCAACAUACCGUCGGAUGUGGUCAUACAUACCCCACACCACUAAGGGUGUAGUCUGAUAGACAUUUUAAUUAUUUGGUUUUAUGUUCGGCUUGAAUUAUUUUGUUCGGGUUUAUUUUGGGUACGGUGGAAUAAUUUGGGGAUUAAUAAGUUGGGGUAGUGAUAGGCAAUUGUGUUUAGGUAUUUAAACUAUUAUUUUAGGUAGAAGAGGCAAGCAAGAUUAAACCUAAACCUACUUUUGGCUAAUCUCUCUCUCUCUCUCUUCCCUGUGCUGCCGAGCCUUCUUCUUCUUCCUCCCUGGCUGCCGCGCGACAGCUCCUCUUCUCCCUUCCCUCUUCUUUGAUCAAACCCCCAAAUUCAAUUCUCUUUUCCUUCCUCAAAUCACUGGAUCAAUCCCUAGUUGAUCCAUUUCCCUAAUCCCUAGAUAGAGCUCGGAACUUCGUGUUCUAUCAUUUGGUAUCAGAGCCCCGUUCUUGGGUUCGUGAUCAACAAAGACAAUCGAGAUGGUGCUGACAAAGUCCGUAACUGCAGUUGAGCAGGCAGCCAAGGCGGCGCAGGAGCAGGUCGUGACUGCGGCAACGACGGGGCUGCCGUCCUCCGAUGAUGGCGCACAUGGGGUUCCCAGUCUACGGGAUGGGGAGUUGGAAGACGACACGGAGAGAGAGGCGAUCCGAGUCAUCUUGGACCGUCUGGUGGCUGCGUUUGAGACGGAGCGCUUGAAGAGGCUGGCGGAGAGGCGCGAGCGGGAGGAGGAUUCCCGACGGGUUUUGCGUCGGUUCGAAGAGGUCCAGGAGGUCUUGGAGGCGCUACGCGGCGCGCGACCACCCCUACAGAAGAGCGACGGAGGGGGCGCAGGGGCGAGCAGGCCGAUCGCAGCGGGAGGGUCGCCGGAGGGCGGGACGGCGGCAGAGGACCUAUCCCCGGCGGUCGUGGUGAUGGAGACGACGGCGGUGGCGGCCACCGCGGGCGAGGGCGACUAGGCGGGGGAUCCCGAGCGUCAGCAUGGGCGCGGCGCAGGGCCUGGGCUUUUGCCUACGCCGACGGCCCAGGAGUUGGCGGCUCGCAAGGGUAAGGCCAAGAUGCCCGGCUACGACGUAGGGGCCCAGCAAACUGUGCAUGGGCUACUUGGGCCGGUGGGUCGAUUUGAUUCAACGGGGCAAUUUCACGAGCCCAAAGGGCUGGGGUGGCUGAACAUGGACCAGGAGCAGGUAGAUAGGAGCUCAGUCUGGCGGGCCAGAAUGCACCGUGGGCCGACCCAGCUAUCAUUGAAAAUUAUUUUUGCUCGAACCAGGAAGUGAGGCCUUGGGGACAAGGUUGUUUUGAAGGGAACGGGAAUGAUAGACAUUUUAAUUAUUUGGUUUUAUGUUCGGUUUGAAUUAUUUUGUUCGGGUCUAUUUUGGGUAUGGUGGAAUAAUUUGAGGAUUAAUAA